UGAACCGGUUUCAACCGGUUGAGAGUUAGUUGCUUGAGAGAGGAGAGGAGGCGCAGGCACACAACCUCUACACCGCCCCGCUGGAAAAUUAUUAGACUAACGAAUUUAUUAGUGAAUUAAGGUUUACUUUGUUUCGUAAAAUGUAUCGGAGUGACAUAUUGCAGGGUUUGCCGUGAUAGUAGUUUUGGAAUCCACAUCAGUGGUUCAUACCAGCCAGACAUCACUCACUGCUGGAGCUGGAGAUAGUCAACGCUGCAGAAAUAGGAAUCUUUCUAACCAUCAGUGAUACUCAAGUACUCACUUUAUCUUGUAGCUUCUUUGGCAGACGCCACUCUUUUCAGUCAGAGCCUUGGACUUUAGAGCUCUAUGCCAGCAAUUAUGACAAUGUUAGCAGACCAUGCAGCACAGCAGCUGCUGGACUUCAACCAGAAACUGGAUAUCAACCUGCUGGAUAAUGUGGUGAACUGUCUAUACCAUGGGGUUGGACCACAGCAAAGAAUGGCACAGGAGGUGCUGACACACUUAAAAGAGCACCCAGAUGCUUGGACAAGAGUGGACACCAUCCUUGAGUUCUCCCAGAACAUGAACACCAAAUACUAUGCUCUUCAGAUUCUGGAAACGGUUAUCAAAACAAGAUGGAAGAUUCUCCCAAGGAAUCAAUGUGAAGGUAUAAAAAAGUAUGUUGUUGGUCUCAUUAUCAAGACUUCAUCAGAUGCAUCUAAUGUGGAGAAAGAGAAGGUGUACAUUGGGAAGUUGAACAUGAUCCUUGUUCAGAUUCUAAAGCAGGAGUGGCCCAAACACUGGCCCACCUUCAUCAGUGACAUCGUGGGGGCGAGCCGUACCAGUGAGAGCCUUUGUCAGAACAACAUGGUGAUCCUGAAGCUACUCAGUGAGGAGGUCUUUGAUUUCUCCAGUGGACAGAUGACCCAGGUCAAAGCCAAGCACCUAAAAGACAGCAUGUGCAAUGAGUUCUCACAGAUAUUCCAGCUCUGUCAGUUUGUUAUGGAAAACUCCCAGAAUGCCCCUCUGGUCCACGCCACACUGGAGACCCUCUUACGUUUCUUAAACUGGAUUCCUCUAGGGUAUAUAUUUGAAACCAAAUUGAUCAGCACGUUGGUGUAUAAGUUCUUGAACGUGCCCAUGUUUCGCAACGUGACACUGAAGUGCCUCACAGAGAUUGCCGGUGUGAGCGUCAGCCAGUAUGAGGAGCAGUUUGUCACACUCUUCACCCUGACCAUGUGUCAACUCAAACAGAUGCUCCCUCUAAACACCAACAUUCGGCUGGCCUACGCCAAUGGGAAAGAUGACGAGCAGAACUUUAUCCAGAACCUCAGUCUUUUCCUCUGUACGUUCCUAAAAGAGCACGGGCAGCUCAUCGAGAAGCGGCUCAACCUCAGAGAAACAUUAAUGGAGGCCCUUCACUACAUGCUGCUGGUGUCAGAAGUGGAAGAGACCGAGAUUUUUAAAAUCUGUCUGGAAUAUUGGAACCAUUUGGCUGCUGAGCUCUACAGAGAGAGUCCUUUCUCUACGUCCACAUCCCCUCUGCUCUCUGGCAACCAGCAUUUUGAUGUACCGCCACGCAGACAGCUCUAUCUGCCUGUACUCUCCAAGGUGCGUCUGUUGAUGGUGAGUCGGAUGGCGAAGCCCGAAGAGGUGCUGGUGGUUGAGAACGACCAGGGAGAGGUGGUGAGAGAGUUCAUGAAAGACACUGACUCUAUAAACCUCUACAAAAACAUGAGGGAAACUCUGGUCUAUCUGACUCACCUGGACUACGCAGACACAGAGCGCAUCAUGACAGAGAAGCUUCACAACCAGGUCAACGGUACUGAGUGGUCCUGGAAAAACCUCAACACACUGUGUUGGGCUAUAGGGUCCAUCAGCGGGGCGAUGCACGAAGAGGACGAGAAGAGGUUCUUGGUCACAGUCAUCAAGGAUCUGCUGGGUCUUUGUGAGCAGAAGAGAGGGAAGGACAACAAGGCCAUCAUUGCCUCAAAUAUCAUGUACAUCGUGGGCCAAUAUCCUCGUUUUCUCAGAGCCCACUGGAAAUUCCUUAAAACUGUGGUCAACAAACUCUUUGAGUUCAUGCACGAGACCCACGAUGGUGUUCAGGACAUGGCCUGUGACACCUUCAUCAAAAUUGCCCAGAAGUGCCGGCGCCACUUCAUCCAGGUUCAGGUGGGAGAGGUGAUGCCCUUUAUCGACGAGAUCCUCAACAACAUCAACACAAUCAUCUGUGAUCUUCAACCUCAACAGGUGCACACGUUCUAUGAAGCAGUAGGUUACAUGAUCGGAGCUCAGACAGAUCAGGCUGUCCAGGAACACCUGAUAGAAAAAUAUAUGCUGCUUCCCAACCAAGUGUGGGACAGCAUAAUCCAGCAGGCCACCAAGAACGUAGACAUCUUGAAAGACCCAGAGACUGUGAAACAGCUGGGCAGUAUCCUGAAGACAAAUGUCAGAGCGUGUAAGGCUGUGGGACACCCCUUCGUCAUCCAGCUAGGGCGAAUUUACCUCGAUAUGCUUAACGUAUACAAGUGCCUCAGUGAGAACAUCUCUGCUGCCAUUCAGACUAACGGUGAGAUGGUGACCAAGCAGCCGCUGAUCCGGAGUAUGAGAACAGUGAAACGAGAGACACUGAAACUGAUCUCAGGCUGGGUUAGCAGAUCAAACGAUCCACAGAUGGUUGGGGAGAACUUUGUCCCGCCUCUGCUGGACGCUGUCCUCAUUGACUACCAGCGCAACGUCCCAGCUGCCCGAGAGCCAGAGGUCCUCAGCACCAUGGCAACAAUCGUCAACAAGCUGGGAGGACAUAUCACCAGUGAAAUCCCCCAGAUCUUUGAUGCUGUCUUUGAGUGCACCCUAAACAUGAUUAACAAGAACUUUGAAGAGUAUCCAGAGCACAGGACUCACUUCUUUUAUCUACUCCAAGCUGUGAACUCUCAUUGCUUCCCUGCAUUCCUCGCCAUCCCCCCUGCACAGUUCAAACUGGUGCUGGACUCCAUCAUCUGGGCCUUCAAACACACCAUGAGGAACGUGGCUGACACUGGUCUGCAGAUCCUGUACACGAUGCUGCAGAACGUGGCUCAGGAAGAAGCAGCUGCUCAGAGUUUCUAUCAGACGUAUUUCUGUGAUAUCUUACAACACAUCUUCUCCGUUGUCACCGACACGUCACACACUGCAGGCCUGACGAUGCAUGCGUCCAUCCUUGCCUACAUGUUUAACCUGGUGGAGGAGGGAAAGAUCACCACAGUGUUGAACCCCACCAGCCCCACAAACAACCAGGUGUUCAUCCAGGAAUACGUGGCCAAUCUGCUCAAAACUGCCUUCCCUCACCUACAAGAUGCUCAGGUGAAGGUGUUUGUGACCGGGCUAUUCAGCUUAAACCAGGACAUUCCUGCUUUCAAGGAGCACCUGAGGGACUUCCUGGUCCAGAUCAAGGAGUUUGCAGGCGAGGACACCUCUGACCUGUUCCUGGAGGAGAGGGAGGCGUCGCUCCGUCAGGCUCAGGAGGAGAAACAUAAGAUCCAGAUGUCAGUGCCGGGCAUCCUCAACCCUCACGAGAUCCCUGAGGAGAUGUGUGACUGAGCCUGAUCUGCACCAAACUGUACAGUACUCCAAACAAACAAACAGAGACACCCUAACCACAGCAAACACAACAAAACCCAAGAGAGAGGCACUCAAGUGUGGCGGGAGGCCGGCAGAGCGGAACGUCUCCUCCCAUGUUUGUUGACCAAAACAAUGCCAACAAAAUGUAAAUGAUUACCGCGUCACCCUGUGGCCCUUUUUACAUAAUCUGUGUUUUCUAUGGAGACUUUUUGUGUAAUCUUUCCAGAACUGUUAAUCUUCUGUUUGGUUGGUCUCUGGCCCAUCCCAAGACCUGCAUGAUGAGGUUGUAACGAUUAGGACGACUAAACCAUCUUGUUUUUGUUCUGUUCCCUCCCUCUGCCCCGUAUAUUUGUUUAUAUAUAAAUAUAUUAUAUAUACAGUCCGAGCAGGGUUUGUGUCUAGUCGGCAUAGAAGCUUCUAGACCUGUGGUUUGAGAGACAGGAAGUGGUCUUUUAGACGCGUGUGCACCGCUUGUCUGGUGCGAGAAUGUGAAUCUAACGGAUAAUGAAUGAAGGUCGAGAGAUGCUGCGUCGUGUUCAGCAUCUGCUCUGCUUCACCUGAAAAAGUGUUGGGCUGCUGCUUGCAGAGGUUUUUUAGGGAAAGCAAUGCUAAUAUGUGCAUAUCAUCCCAAUUGUAUAGCAUCUUUAAUACCAUGGGAACAUUUUUUCCUUUUAUUCUAUUGUUUCUUUUUUGUUGUGGGUGUGUGCGCGUGUGUGCUGUCGCAUAGUCGACAUCAGCGUUUUGUUUUCCUCUAAGAGGAUUGUUGCUCAGUUGUGAGCCUUCAUUAAUGGGAUGUUUUAAGGAAGUGGCGGAGGUAUUUAUGGGUUCUUAGUUGGUUGCAUCUUUAUAACAACUCCUGUUUAACUCAGAUGGCUUUGAAGAUUUUUGAAUUGUACUAAUUUAGAUUGUUUACCAUGCAGUAGUGUGCGUUCAGAGACACUACCUUUAGAGCAAAAUGAAAAAAUAAACUGGGUUUACAUUUAAUUUUGUAUUUUUGCAUUUUUCAUUUGUACCUGUUUGAGUUCUGUCCAAAUAAACAAAAGGCUUUUUGUCCACAGAGCAAAUGAAUUGCCAAUGAGUUUAAUUAGGAAAAGAAUGUAUAAAUCCAAAUAAGUACCCAAUCUCUAAUGGCAGAUUUCCCUUCUCGAGGUGUUACAUUUGUUGUGAACUUUUUGAACUGAUUAAA